AGCUCUUACUGGGAGCCGAACUUAUUGUUGCUUGCCUCUACAACGUUGUCCGCAACAUCUCAAUGUCUCCUUAAACUCUACAGUCUCAGCACACCAAAAAGCAAUAAACAUUCGUUUGUACAAUUCUGUCUGUGAAUUGAUCCCGUGGUAACUCGCAACUUUAUCUGGCCAUUCCAACUGGUUCUGUGAACAAAUCGAUCAUCAUGAACGCCUUCAGAGCUCUUCGGCCAGUCGCCUCAAAAAUACAGGCACCUACCCUGCCGCGAAUCACCAGGGGAUUUGCAGCUUCUUCCAGGCUGGGAUAUGAGCACAUUCAGGUCUCGGAGCCCAGGCCAGGUGUUGGUCAAGUCACGCUCAACAGGCCAAAGGCGCUCAACGCCCUCAGCACCCCACUGAUCAAGGAGCUUAAUACGGCGCUGGGCGACUACCAAAAGUCAGAUAGCAUAUCGGUUAUUGUAAUCACGGGCUCUCAGAAGGCCUUCGCAGCAGGUGCCGACAUCAAGGAGAUGGCACCUCUGACAUUCUCCAAGGCCUACACCGAGUCAUUCAUCGAGAACUGGUCAGACCUGACCACUCAGGUCAAAAAGCCCAUCAUUGCAGCCGUUUCCGGUCACGCGCUUGGUGGCGGCUGCGAGCUGGCCCUUAUGUGCGACUUUAUCUACUGCACCGAAUCGGCCAACUUUGGCCAGCCUGAGAUCAAACUGGGCGUCAUUCCCGGCGCCGGCGGCAGUCAGCGCCUCACCAAGGCAGUUGGAAAGGCUCGUGCCAUGGAGCUGAUCCUCACGGGCAAGUCCAUGACUGGCGCUGAGGCCGCACGGUGGGGUGUUGCUGCCAGGUCGUUUGCGACGUACGAGGAGCUGAUGGAGGCCACGCUCAAGACGGCCGAGACGAUCGCAAGCUACUCAAAGGUCGCUGUCCAGGCGUGCAAAGAGGUUGUCAACAAGAGCCAGGAUCUGGGGCUGCGCGACGGCGUGGAAUAUGAGCGUAGGGUGUUCCACAGUCUGUUUGGAAGCCAGGACCAGAAGAUUGGGAUGACGGCUUUUGCGGAGAAGAAGAAGCCCGAAUGGACUCAUCAGUAAGCCAGGGAAACGAUUGUUUGUAUGGGUUAUGUAAUGAGAUCAAGGAAAAUGUCUCGAUUAUCAGACCCUCACGACCCAGCCGAAUGGACUUUGGCAAGCUUGUUGCCAGAAGUAUGCACGUAAUGUAGAAGGCGCGUGAUGUUGGGGUGCAUGAGGGCCCUGCGUCAUACGCUGUUCUUCAUAGUGCUCAUAUGAAUUCCGGAGCCGAUCAUGAGAAGGUAGUGAGGCAGUUGACCAGGAAAGCGGGUCGCCCAAUCCUUCAGAUGUAUGUUAGCUUCGGCGAGAGUGCAGAACCCAGCCUUGCUACCAUGUGUCUUAAACCAAAUGCAAAAGAAACAAAAGGUUGAUUGUGGAUUGGUCAGUUGUAUCGGAAGAGAGCGGGUCCGCCGUUCAGGCCUCAUCUUGUCAAUACUGCAUAUACAUUUGAAGUCGGAUGAAGCUGUCCCCUAUGACAUCGCUGAAAUGGACACAAGGCGGAGUUGGCUCGACGGAAGACGGUAAAACGCGAGAUCCCGAACAUAUCAAACUGGGCGAGAUAGAAAAAUAGAUAUUGGGCUUCAAACCCUAUGUUGCGACAUUCUGGCAUUGGAUCGCCUGUUCGGUGAAUCCGAGGCACUUACGUUGGAUCUCUCUGACGUGAGAGACGCCCAGGGGAAGAAAUUGAUAAAAAAAUUACGAGCCUGUAUUUCUGUUUCUGACAACUGGGC